AUGAUGGCAAAUGCGUUCGCCUGGCUGAUGUGCUGUUUCAGCCAGGAAUACCAGGAGCAACAGCGACUCAGCAAGAUGAUUGAUCGACAACUGCAGCGCGACAAACGCAGUAUGCGGAAUGAGUUGAAACUCCUGUUAUUGGGUGCGUCAGCACAUAUUUUUUUUAUUUUUCAAUGUUUUGUCAGACAGUUCACUGAUGCAUGCGAGAAGGAAAAGGUAGGAAGGACCGAUGAUGAUGAUGAUGAUGAUGAUGAUGAUGAUGAUGAUGUUGAUGAUGGUGAUGAUGAUGAUGAUGAUGAUGAUGAUGAUGAUGAUGAUGAUGAUGAUGAUGAUGAUGAAAAUGAUGAUGAUGAUGAUGAUGAUGAUGAUGAUGAUGAUGAUGAUGAUGAUGGCUGA